UGAUUUGUUUCUCUCCCUCUAUCUAUCAGAGAGAGAGAGAGGUUGGGAACUGGACGCAAUCGAUUUAGACUUGAGAGCGAAUUCCUCCUUCGAUUCAGACUCUUUCGGGAGAAAAGACAGAAAUUUCAAUCGAGGAGCGAACAUCCUCUCUUUAUAAUCGAUUGGAGCUCUCUCUAAUCAGGUAUAAAGGUUAUAGAUUUUAUUCAUCGUUUUUAUCUGAAUAAAAAACAUCGAUCCUCCCUUUCUUUCUCUGCAUGCAACUCGAGUGAACCCUAAUCCGUAGAACGAUGAUCAAGCUUUUUAAAGUGAAGGAAAAGCAGAGGGAAAUUGCUGAGAAUGCCAAUGGAAGGGCACCCGUGAAGAAGCAAUCUGCGGGGGAAUUGCGUCUGCAUAAAGAUAUCACUGAGCUUAACCUACCCAAAACAACUCUCAUCUCCUUCCCCAAUGGCAAGGAUGACCUGAUGAACUUUGAGGUCACCAUUCGACCUGAUGAAGGAUUUUAUCUAGGUGGAACAUUUACAUUUACUUUCUCAGUCUCCCCCAUUUACCCUCAUGAGGCACCAAAGGUCAAGUGCAAGACAAAGGUCUACCAUCCUAACAUUGACUUGGAAGGAAAUGUGUGCCUGAACAUCCUACGUGAAGAUUGGAAACCCGUCCUUAAUAUCAACACCAUCAUUUACGGAUUGCAUCAUCUUUUCACGCAACCCAAUCAUGAGGAUCCCCUCAAUCACGACGCAGCAGCAGUUCUGAGGGAUAACCCAAAGAUGUUUGAAUCAAAUGUUAGAAGGGCGAUGACUGGUGGCUAUGUGGGACAGACUUUCUUCCCUAGGUGCAUGUAGCCAUUCCUGGAAAAGCAAGUAACAUUAUGGUAAUAUUUUCUUUCUCAAGGGUCCGCAGGGUUGUAAAUUUGGUUGGAAGGCCGUCUUUUCUGUGGCCCAUAUGGCUUUCUUCAAGGGAAAGAGGUACAGAUCAAUCUACAUGAACCAAAUGGGAAGGUGCUUGUAUGUUACUGUAAGUUAUGACUUGUUUGUGAUAUUGGCGCAGACGACAUGGUUUGAUGAGGGAAAUUACUUGCCUGGAAAACUGGGAAAACUGGUUGCUUAAUAUUGCCCCAUUUCUUUCUAUUUGCA